CCACAGGAAAACUCUACAGAAGGAUCAUGGCAGAAGUCGCUCCCGCCGAAGCCCCCGCUGCCCCAGCAGCGCCCGCCAAAGCUCAAAAACCGGCCAAGAAGAAGACCAACAAGGCGAAGAGGCCCGGUCCCAGCACCGCCGACAUGGUCUUGAAGGUUGUGGCUGAGUCCAAAGAGCGUAAAGGCGUUUCUCUUCAGGCUCUGAAAAAGAUUCUAGCCACCAAGGGCUGCGACAACCCCGCUCUUAUCAAACGCGCCGUGAAGGCUUUGGUAGCUAAGAAGAAGCUCGUCCAGACCAAGGGAGCCGGCGCUUCUGGAUCCUUUAAGGCGGCAAAGGUUGCUGAGAAACCCAAGAAGGUGCCGAAGAAGAAGAAGGCAGACAAACCCGCCAAAACCAAAAAACCAACAGCCAAGAAACCCGUCGCUGCAAAGAAACCUAAAGGAGUCAAGGUGUCACCUAAGAAGAAGGCGAAUAAGCCUGCAGUGAAGAAAGCUUUAGCAGCUAAAAAGGCCGGGAGCCCCAAGAAAGCUACCAAGAAGGUUGACAAGACCAAGAAAGUAGCUAAGAAGGCAGCAGCGCCGAAGAGGAAGGGAAGCCCCAAGAAAGUUGUCAAGUCUAAAGCGAAGACGCCCGCAGCUAAGAAGCCAGCAGCGAAGAAGUAAAUUUAAAAUUACUAUUCUCAAUCCAAAGGCUCUUUUAAGAGCCACCCACACGAUCAAACAGAGAACGAAUUCCUCCAUGUGUUUACUGUGUUAAAACAUUGUAAACAAUAUUAUUUAUGUAUAUAUGGAUGUAUUGUUGUACACCGUAUUAUCUUAAUAGCCUUCUAAGUUAGCUACUUGGCAUAAUGUCAUUCCAGCUGACAGGAUCUGUCACCAGGUUUGUCUACUUUUUCAUCCAACUUAAUGACAAUUUAUUCUUUGAACAGUCCCUAACAUACCAGACUGUGAUUCAUUGUCUUAGAAGAGAGUGGUGCACCAGGAAAACGACUUAAAAAGUUGAAAUCUACAGGUACAUUUUGUUGUCAUUGUUUUACUUAUUUAGUGUUGUAUAUUUGCAGUAUGGUCCAAAUACAGCUAAUAUAGAGAUUAUUUAGUAGAUACACUGACAGACUGAAGCCCUGAGGAUAUGGUUUUCAUUAUGUCAUUGAAAGAAGUCCAUUCAAUUGUUGUGCUGUGUAAUACUGGCACCUAGUGGCCAGUCGACCUUACAACAAUCCUGGACUUCUGAUGACUGAAGGCAGCCAUACUCCAUGCCAAGGUUAUGAUAGUUCUGAUUUUCCUUAUAUUUUAAAAUAUCAUUUCACUUUUCUAUGUUCAAUUUAAGUUUAUUUUUAGUUUAGUUUUGUUAUUAGUUUUAGUUUUUUCUGAUACAUUACAGGGCUGAGUGAAGAUCAUACAUUUUUAAACCAUAUCCAAACAGGCUACUCUUCUCUUAUCAUUGCAUGUAUUUAAAGAUGAUUGGAUAAAAAUGCAAACAUAAAACUACCACAAAAAAAAAAGGGAGAAGCCGCCAGGGCAAUCUUCAGGCACACUCACUUGAGUCAAGGAUUUAAGUAAAAAAUCUUUAUUGUUUCAGGGCACAUCUAAUAAAAAUUAAAACUCAAAAGGAAAGCUGACCGGUUUCAACCGCACAGGGUCUUCAUCAGGAUGUGAACAAAACACUGACACAGGUGAAGUUCAUUUAAAGGAAUCAUGUGAUCUGAGGGCUGAAGCCACACCAGCUUGGAGGUACAAUCAACACAUCAUUGAUGUUGACACAUCAACAACAAACCUCAACAAAUCAAACAAUUAACUACUCCUAACAGCCCAACUAUCGCCAAGAAAACCGUCUCAUCAAUUGGAAAUUAAAAACAAAAAUACAAACAUCCCCCACUGGAAGAAUCUACUCAUAGAGCACAUCUCACUGGAAAACUCCCCCACCAACACUCAACACUCAGCAGCAGAACCCCUCUCUGUUUGGCCCCUUCUAUUCAACUUUCUACAAACAUGAUCUCACAUCUCAACCUCAAUUAAAAACAUUAUUAUUGUUGUUGUUGUUAUUAUUAACAGUGCUAUAGUUGAAAUUGCCUGGGAACCAAUUCCCCACAUGUUAGAGACACUAUCAACAACUGCACUGUCAUCAGUUAUAUCUGGCUUGUACUUAAGUACAAGUUAUUGCCAUUAUUAUGAUUAUUAUUUGUAGUAGUAGUAGUAUUGUAGUGUUAUUAUGGUCAUUGUUAUUAUCGCAUAUAUAUUAGUUUUCUUAUGAUUAGAACCAAUUAGAAUUAGGCCUACUUUUUCAAUAUUGUGGACCACAAUUCAUGUCAGACAUAAAUUGCUCAAACAAUACCAUUCCAACUUUUGCUAUUUUUUUAAUAUCUUAUCUAUCUUUGUAUUAAUGUAUGUACUGUUUAUUUACUGUUUGUAAGAAAUACUUGAUUUUGUUUGUAGUUGUUUUUUUUUUCCUCACACUACCUUUUUUAGGGAUGAUCAUUACUAUAUUGUACUUACUUGUACUUGCACUUAUC